AUGAUUUUGUUAUUACUUGCCUGUCUUUACUGUGCAGCACCAUCGUCUACAAAAUCACUGCUCCAUUUUUAUGGUCCUUCAGAAUAUGGUGUGAUCCAUGACGAUCGGCCGGCAGUUCAACACCGUGUUGACGUAAAAACGACUAUGAAAUCAUCGAUUGAUGAAGUAGUUGCACUUAAUUUGCCCCAAGCCAUAGACAAAGACGCUAUUGCUAAGCCUAAGGAUUGCAGUACAGAGGAGAGAAAGUUACCCAUCCUUAGAGCGGAAGCGGAAGCAGAAGGGUUAAAGCCUGCUGUUCAACCGCAACCUAAUUACGUGUUGAUGGGCUCCACGGACCAACAGGUGGAACCAGAGCGACAAAUUUUGCAUGCGGCUGAAGUACUGGAUGUCGGUCAGACGGAUGAAAGAAGGCAACCUCAAGGUGGUGUAGUUCUACGCAAUUCUCUUACGCAUGCGGAGGUGAUACCCACAGAUGUUGCGCCGGCCAUUGUCACGACAACUACCACAACAAGCUUGCCUACAUCUGUGACAACGUCACACGAACCAAUAGCUUCAACAGCUCAUGUCACAGAAGUGCCCUUUGUCGAGAAGGUUGAAGAUAAAGGAGGCGAUUUCGACGUUGCGGACGAGUUGCCUGCUGCGAAAACCUAUGAUGUCAAAGAGAUACUCCCAAAUAUGGCUAAAAAUAAUUUACCUGCAAUCAAUAAAGAGGAAAGUGCCGCAGAGGUUGGGGCUAAGGCAAAGCCCACUAUUUCUCCCUUGGAUCAUAAAUUCAAAGAGGAUGAAGAAGACUCGGAUGUGCUACCCGAGUUUGACGAAAAAGGAGACGUGGAGUUGGAAUUCCACGAUGAGCCCGAUACCAGCACUACAUCAGCUACAGAGAUCGUUACGUCACCGACUACUCCAAAAGUCACGACGUCUCCCGUAACAGUCACGACGUCUCCAGCAACAGUCCCGACGUCUCCAAAGACAACCUCGCUCUUAAUGACAACGACCACCGAUACUGAGGUCCAAGAUGUGAUCAUUUCAUCAGACAAAUAUGAUAAAGGUACGGUAGUUUUGAAAAUCAGUGAAUCGAUUGCGUUGGUCCAUGAUAGUAUUUACAAUUCCAGAAUUAUUGACUGAAG